AACGCUUCCUUCGCGGAGCAUUGUGGGUAGCUGCCGGGGUUUCCUGGCGACGACUAUGGCGGGGGAUGUGGGCGGCCGCAGCUGCACGAAUUCGGAGUUGCUGCUGCAUCCGGAGCUGCUGUCUCAGGAGUUCCUUCUCCUCACGCUGGAGCAGAAGAACAUAGCUGUUGAAAAUGACAUAAGAAUAAACAAAGAUAAUCUUACUGAUCUUUAUGUUCAGCAUGCAAUACCAUUGCCUCAGAGAGAUUUGCCAAAGAAUAGAUGGGGGAAAAUGAUGGAAAAGAAAAGAGAACAACAUGAGCUAAAAAAUGAGACUAAAAGGAGUAGUGCUAUAGAUGUGUUAAAGAAAAGACCCCUCAUUGUGUUUGAUGGAAGUUCAACAAGUACAAGCAUAAAAGUGAAAAAGACAGACAAUGGAGAUAAUGAUCGACUCAAGGCUUCCCCUCAGGCAAACUUUACCAGUAAUGCCUUUCGAAAAUUAUCAAAUUCCUCUUCAAGUGUUUCACCCCUAAUCUUGUCUUCCAAUUUGCCUAUGAACAAUAAAACGGAACACAAUUAUAAUGACACUAAACAGAACCAUGACUUAACGCAGAGGAAAAGUCCUUUGGGCCCUGUGAGGUUGCCGCCUUUUUCCCCAGUGGGGACUACUCCUGUGAAGUUAAAGAGAGCUGCUCCUAGAGAAGAAGCCGAGGCCAUGAAUAACCUGAAGCCCCCAGAAGCAAAAAGGAAGAUACAACACGUUACAUGGCCAUGAAGAAAAAUUUCCAAAAAUAAACACUUACUGAAAGGCUUCCAGUAUGCCCCAAGUUGCUCAGGUGUUGAGAAUAUACUGAUAAACAAGAUGUCACCUCUGGCCUCAAGGAGCUUGUGUCCUUUUGCAAUCCUGCACUUUAUGGAAGAGAAGGCAGGUCAGUGCAAGAUCCACGACUGUGGGAAAGCUCCCAAGCUGUCUGGUGACCCCAACAUCACCUUCAUUAUCACCAGCCUAUAUGCUGGAGCUUCUGCAUAUGGAUCAAGUGCAGACUGUUGAAUUCCAAGAGAGAGUUUGGGAGAGGGGAACAAAGAGAAGAUAGCAAGGAAGAGGUCAUAGUGCUGACCAAAGCUUUUAAA